GCCGAGGCAGGAGGCACACAGUCUUCAGAGCUCCUGGCGGCAGCGUGAGCGAGGCAGCCCCAGUGAACCCCGAGUGAUCAGACACAAGCAAGGAAGGUGAUCAGAAGGAAAGCACCAGUGAACCAGACACAGGCAAGCAGACACAGCACGAACUGCAGCAAGACAGAGGCGGUGAAGAGUGACCAGUGCAUUGAUCAGUGUGUGGCCAGUGUUGCCAGUGACCCGCCGCCCUCCAGUGCUGCGAGGCAGUGACCACUUGUUCUUCUCGCCGUCCCUGUGACUCGUGACUCAAGCAUGUCUUCAGCAGCGAGGCGCAGCCACAGCGUGGCGGUGCGCGGCGAGGGCCUGCGAGUGGCCGCCGUGCGUCGCAGCAGCAGCGCGCGCAGCACGGCCAGUUGCUGCCUGAGGAGGAAGGGCAGCACGCGCAGCACCUCCAGCAGGACCAGCACCAGCAGCGCCACCAACUCCUGCGGCUACUGCCUGUCCCGCAGCGGCGCCGCCGUCACGCGCAAGACGUCCUCCGCCAGCAGCACGGGCGCAGCACAGCAGCAGCAGCAGCGGCGCCGCUCAUCGGGCGGCGGGGCGGCGGAGUGCCGGCGCCGCGUGGGGCAGCACCCCCACCUGGCCCCGGAGGAGGGCCAGGGGUGGCAGGGCGCCGCGCGACACCUGGGGGAGUUGAUCGGGCGCCGCGGCAUGGGUGAGGUAGCGGCCAAGCAGGUAGCGCGGCAGGUGAGCGCCGCGCUGCAGCACGUGCAUGAGCGGGGCGUGGUGCACCGAGACGCCCUCCCCGACAAUAUCCUGGUGGAGGGGCGCCGCCCCCUCAUGCUGCGCCUGGCCGGCCUCACUCUGGCCGCAGAGGAGGGCGCGCUGGUGCGCCGCGGGGACUGCCCCGAGGCGUGGCUGCCCCCCGAGGUGCUGGCGUUGCUGCCCGCUGAGGGCUACGCCGCGCACCCCGCACAGGACGCGUGGCAGCUGGGCCUGCUGCUGGUGGUGUGCCUCACGGGGGCGCUGCCCUGGGCCGCCGCGGACACCACCGACCCGCACUACGCCGCCUGGGCCGCCUGGGCGCGCCGCGCCUCCACCAGGAUGCCGUCGCGCUUCAAGUCCUUCUCACCACGCUUCCUGCGCCUGCUGCGCCGCCUGCUGCAGCCGCGCCCCGAGCUGCGCGCCGGCGUGCGCGAGGUGGACAAGUACCUGCAGGACGCGUGGAUGGGCGGUGAGGAGACCAAGGGCGCCGCCUCGGGCAGGCUGCGGCGUCGCGUGAGUGGCCUGCUAGCCCGCGCCGGGGCCUCACUCACCCGCCUGCUGGGCCCCGCCCCCCUGAGCCCCACACCCCAGCCAAAGUGUGCUUCACCGACACCCUCACGCCCGCCCCCCGCCCCGACCUGUUGCCCGCCCCCUGAGGCGCCCCACCCACCCCCGGGAGCCACGCCCCGGGGUGAUGACCGCCCCGGAGGACGCCCUGCCUGCUCGCAGGGAUCCGCCCCACACCUCAGGCCCGCGCCGCGCGCUGGCCUGACAGGGCGCGGCCGCGGCUAGGCGGCGUCGUGACCCUCGAAGAUGUUGUCGGCGUUGUGGCGGCGACCCGCGUGAGGCGCCGCCGCCACCACCACUAUUACUUCACCACCACCACCACCACCACCACCACCAUCAAGGUGUUGCCUGGCAUCGCCUUGCCUCCUCCCCCCACACUGCCCCUGCAGUCCCACACAUGACAAAAACUGACUAGUCAAAUGAACAAGGACGGAGGAGGGGACGACACACACACACACACACACACACACACACACACACACACACACACACACACACACACACACACACACACACAUCACCUUCAACACACCUGCCCCUAUAAAGUGUAAGCCCCAGACACACACACACACACACACACACACACACACACACACACACACACACACACACACACACACGUUGCAGAGUUCGGUGUUUGUUGCCCCGCGUGUUGUCAAUGACGCGGCCUUCCUUCUGGCGUGCAAAUAAGAAUAAAGACAGAAUUAGGA